ACAACAGCGGUGCGAGAGUAUGAUUGGCAAAGGCAAGGACAAAAGUCAGUUAUUUUUGUAUUAGUUUUAAAGUUUGUUCGGUGAAGUUCUUGUUUCAGAAAGAACUGUUGGUCAUCCGCAAAGAAUUCCCGAAGUCUUCCAAGAUCUGCCCAAUCUUCAAUUCGAAAUUCCGCUACAAGACGUCUAUUUGACCACCUGAGGAGGACCUGUAUCUUGUAAGGAUUCCGAUUCAAUUUCUCUUCACAAGAACUGACUACCUAGAAGUUAGAACGGAGAUGUCCAACACAAGCCGAUUGUUUGAGCAGCUGAGUUUUGCGAUAUUUAUUCUGUGUUGUUCACUGCCCAUAUUUGGGAAACCAGUGGAUGAAAUCUCCAUUAUAAAGAAGAGGUCUGUCUCGGAGCACCAGUUCAUGCAUGACAAGAGCAGGUCUAUCCAGGAGCUACAGAGGCGGAUCUGGCUGCAUAAUGUCAUGGGCGAACUGCACACAGCAGAGGGCCGGGGAAUGGCUCAGCCACAGACGCCCCGUAACCCCAAACACCCGGCGACGUGGCCGGACUCGGCGGAUCUGGCCGUGCUCCUCAUCAAACUGGCAGCCAACAACAACAGCAACAACAACGAGGGCACCAGGACUCCGCUAGAACAGAUACAAGACACCAACAAGCCCGGUCCUUUCAAAUACCAGAACUCGAAGAAAAAUGGCAAGAAGAAGAAGCAAGGGAAAAACAACAAGCGCAAAGCUCACAGAGGUCGGGAGGAGAAGAGCAGGAGGCAGGCACGCUCGGUGAAUUCCGAAAUCGGGGAUCCCAAUAUCGCAUCCGAUUCCGUGCCGCUCCCCACUGCCGCCUCUGGACGGUUUUGGCACUGAGGGGCCAACCUCUAACAAAUAGCCCUAGUUGUAGAAUUUCCCGUGACCUGGAUAGUGUUUGGAGCAACAUCGAAUGAGAGCCAGCAGCUCGAUAUUGAGCCGGACAGCCUGCAUGACUUUUUGAUAUUUGAAGAGGAAUUCCCAAAUAAGUUUCAUUGCAAAGCUAUCAAUAUAGUUGUUGAUUGGUUGUAUUUCUAUGGAACGUUGCUGAUUUUGUUUAUUUUAAAUUCUAAGUGACAGAAGAAUUUUCCUUUUUUUCCAGGCAGGUCUGUUAUUCAGGAAAGACCAACAAACUCUUUUGCAGUAUUCUGUAUUUGUGAUCAUAAUUAAAGUAUUAGACAUAUUUAUUGAUUGUAAAUAUUAAAAAAGAAUAAAGAAGUGUGUUCACUAUGGAACUGUACAUCGGUUAUUAUGAAUAUUUAAAAUUCAUGAUUAAUGUCACAUACUGUAAUUUAUUUGUUAAAUCAUCUAUUUAUUUAAAUUGUGUAUCUUGG